AUGGAUUUCUACAAGAAGCAAGUCGAAGAUUUCCGCCACGUCCUUAUUGGAAGACUUCUGCUCUGUAAGGGAGAUAAACCGAGAACUAUUAUCGAUCUUAAAGUGGAACUUCAACAGCUUUGGCACAUAAAGGAGCGCUGGACUCUUACCCCGAUGGCUAAAGGAUUUUAUAUCCUGAAUUUCAGCAGUGCAGAGGACAAGGCGUUGGUGAAGCAGCGAACUGGAUGGGAACUGUCAAAAGGUUCUCUCCGCAUCAGAGAAUGGGUUAGUUUCUUCGAUCCUUAUAAAGAAAUAUCUUCAUUAUGCCAUGUUUGGGUCAGAAUAUACUACCUUCCAAUUGAGUUAUGGCAUCCGGAAGUCUUUGCUUCCAUUGGUCGAAUAAUAGGACUUCCAAUACUUUUUGAUAGCACUUCAGUGCAUAGAGAAGUGGGACACUUUACCCGGAUGUUGGUGGAAGUGGAUUUGGCUCAGCCUCUCCAAGAAUCUAUGACGCUUGGCUGUGGGAAUAACUCUUUCUAUAUCGAAUUCUCCGACGAGCAGUUACCUCUCUACUGUUCUCAUUGUCGGCUUACGGGGCAUAGUAGAGAUAAAUGCAAUAAGAGCAAAGCGGCGAUGAAAGAGGAUGUUGAUCCGAGGCCGGAGCUGAUUGACACCAUGAAGGGUGCUCAUAUCAAAGACCCGUCUGGGGAUGGUUUUGCUGCCGCUAGAGCAAAGGGCAGAAACUGGCAGCCUAUUGAUCGAUCUUCUAAGAAAGUACACCAGCCUGCUCUUUUAGCGGGACAGCGACAUCCCGCCGAUAAUAUUGUAGAUAAGAAUGCUCUGAAGGCUUUGCAUCAGAGGAGACAAUCGGUCGAGGGUGUUGCGAUUAUGGAUGCUAAUCCGUUUGGGCCGUUAGCUAAUGAAGAUCCGCUUAAGGAUACAGUGUCUUAUAUUUCGCCGGCAAGGGAGGCGGGUGAGGCUGCUCUGGGCCAGAUAGCACAACUUUCUGCAGAACAGAAUAUUGGGACUUUUGCCAAUUUCCAGUCAUCUCCCAUUGCAUGA